CAGAGAGAGAGGCACAUUGACACGGCUCCUGAAGAGAAGACGUGAUGGCCUCCGAACCAAACCAGUUCCCUCUGUGGUUCUUCACCUGCGUGUUGAUCAUCUCUCAUGUGUCACUGGACUUUUCUUCAGCCGCGCCCCAAUCUGAAGAGAAACUCUCUGAGCGGGUAGUGAGAGGACUGAUCCGCAGCAGGAGGCAGGCGUGUGCACAUGGCACCUACGACCAUGGAAAGUGGUCCUGCUGUCUGUGUGGAGCUGGCCAGCAGGUGAAGACUCACUGCACUGCUGCAAAUCAAUCUAAUGGACAAUGUGCGGCCUGUGGUCCUGGGACGUACAGCAGUCAUGCCACUGACCAGGAUUCCUGUGAAUUCUGCAGAUCCUGUACACACCCAAACGCGAAUCUAGAGGUGGCUGAAAACUGCACCCGAACCAGUAACGCUAAAUGCAGAUGUAAAAAAGAUCAUUAUUGCAGCAGUGACCCAGAAACGUGCACAACCUGCUUCCCUUGCAAAGAAUGUGGCUCUGAGGGCGUCGGAGUUGCCUGUACAGCCACAAACAACACAGUCUGCAAUGCCAUAACUGAAGGGGUAAACGGUGGAGCAAUAGCUGGAAUACUAAUCCCAAUCUUAGUGGCUAUUGCUAUAUCAGUUGCAGUUGCACUCUGGUAUUGGAGAAGAGGACAAUCAUAUUCAACACAUCAGCCGUCAUCCCACACAAACGGCCAUGCAACCGAGGUGGAGCUGGAGCCUCUUAAAAAACUUCAACUUCAGCAUGUGCCCGACAUUGCAGCCGUUCUUGGAUGGAAGGAUAUGCAGGAUGUGGCAAUGCGCAGUGGGAUGACAAAAGUUGAUAUUGAUUCUUCUAGAAUGGUCGACCCUGAUCCUGUGGAGCAGACCAUCCAACUACUAUCGAAAUGGAUGGAGAUUGAGGGAAGCGGUCGGGAAAAAAAAUUGAUAACACUCCUACAAAAAAGUCGUAAAAAGGAAAAAGCAGAGAAGGUGGCAGAGAUAUUACGAAGUGACAGCACGGCUGCAUCAGAUGCUCCUGUUUGAAUGUAAAUAUUGGAAGCAGCUUUUGAAUAUAUUCAGUGCCGUCUAUUGAGCAAAUUUUUAUUGUGUUGAGAUGUUUACAUGAUUGAGCUGAACUGUAAAUACUGGUUUUACCAUUUUAAGUGUUUUUUGUAAAAGACUAAAUGAGCAGGCCCAAGUUUUAUAAAAGCAGAAUUAAGUUUUGGUUUUCGUCAGAUGUCUGUGAAGUACAAUGAUAUUACAGUUAAAACAAAAUCAGUAUUAUCUGCUUCUCAGGUCAUUAAAUAAUAGAGUGAAAGUAAAAAUAACCUUAAAAUGUUUAGAUGAAAUGAUCCGAAAUGCACUGAAUCACGCCUGCGCUCUUGUGCUGAUGAAUGCUGUACAUGCCCUUUUGUGUGUGAUGAAUGUGUUACAUUAUUAUUGUACCAUAAACUGGAAUAAAUGUGGAUUAAAUGUCAAA